AUGGCUAAGCCGUAUGAUAAGGAAGAGUUGAGACAACAGAUUGAGUUGAGGAAAACAGAAAAUCUGUCACCCGAAAAGGUGAAUAAAAUGUCGUAUGUCGUUAACGUACGAUGCGUUCAGUGUGCUAAACUUACCGGGUCUGACAAGCCGAGGGUG